AUGAGCCGUGUAGGCGCAUUGGAUUUUGAUUCCUUAAAUUUAUUCUCUGCACGUGUGGACCCAAAGAGAGUCGUUGGAAAAACUUUUAAUGAAGUUGGUACGCCGGAUCAGUCUUUGAACAAUUCGGAUUUUGAAAUGCCUCCCAAGUUUCCUCCUGGCGCAAGUGUUGGGGAUCUCGCAUCCCAUUUAGCUCGUGUCAUGUCUAGCCCAUCUCUCUCUGGAUGUGAUACAAAUGUUCUUUUUGAUAAAAACAUAUUAACGCUCAAAAGCAGGGAAUAUGAAUUCGGUCAAGAAUCGGCCCUCCAAUGUCGCCGUAUUUCACUGGUUGCUGAUGGAAGACAUUGUGGGACGCCUGCUUAUAACGUCGACCGUCGUCAUGCUGUGUGCAAUGGGAAAUCACCUCCUAUACAUUUUAAAUCAAAAUUUUCAUCAUCAGAAUCUUGCGAUUUGGAUAUCCGCAGUACUACCUCUGGUUGUGCUAAAUGUCCUGACUCCUCAAAGUUUAGUAAUGAUGCGCAAAUUGUCAACUCUGAGUUCUCCAUGAACGCAGGAGAAAAUGCUUCUACGUUUUUCUUUGAAUCAAAACCCGUCCUCAAGGGUCUUGAGCACUAUUCCAGGAAUUCAAGUGAAAUUGACACCUUUGAUGAAUUUGCAGCGUUUCAGUCUGCUGAAUCUGAACAAGACUUCUUUGAUGAAUUCGGUACAUCACAGAAAGCGUUCGAUGCAGACUUCUCAGGUUUCAAAAAACCCAAUCAUAUAACGGAAAAUGCCCUUCCUGCUUAUCCCCUUGUUAAAAAUCUUUUAGUCCACACCCAUACAGCUCUUGAGGCAGCUUUCUUCACUGAUAAGGAAGCGGGACUCAACACGUUUGUCCCGUCGGAACUAUCUCCCAAAUCUGUCAGUGCAUUUAGAGCUCGUCAAUUAGCUCUCUGGGAGAGGGCGUCCUCCGAAGCUGUGCAAAAGUAUCACGGGCGUCUCAAGUUACUUGAACCAACGCCCAUUGAGAAUCGCGCCACCGCUCCUGCAAAUCCAAGUUCGUCGCAUUCACUCCCAUCUGAGAGUGAUGCUGUUGCCACUGCCUCUGUACCACAGAUUCCCAUACCUGAAUUUGACUGGUCUGCGAGUGGACUAACGAAUCCCUUCGGUUUAGAAAGUAGCGUCCAUUCGGCCUCUGAAGCAGAUUUAGAAUCGUUUGAAGAGAUGUCCUCCAUUGCUACCUCAAAACCACCUGCUCCCAUAUCAGACAUAGAAGCUGAGUUCCUUCACUCUGUCGCGCCACCCCCUCAGACAACCCCUACACAAAGUUUACCCAUCACCCUUCGCCCUUUCGACGUCUACGUGGGUAAGUCGAAAACAGCAGCAGCUACAAAGGCAGCCGAGGUUCCCGAGUGUGUCUCCAAGGUAUUGGCACUUCUUCCUGAUUUUUCAUACCUUCGAAAAUCCAUUCUGGCCUUCCCUGUUCUCGACCAGACCGAGUAA